UUCGAUGUGACAAGCGUUUGAAGGGAAAGUUAUGGAAAGUCGGAGCUUUUGGAGAGCGCGUGAACGCGGCAUGGGACAAGCGAGGAAAAAAAAUAGGAAGAAAAUCCACGUAGCUCGUCUCCGUGGUUCAUCCGUGGACUGUUUCUCUGUGUGUCCGUUUAUUUAAAGACAAUUGAAUCAAUUAAGGGAAUAACUGGACGCACAGUGGCGGGCUAACGCGGGAAGACAACACCCCCCUUACCCCCACAUCCCUCUCUCCCCGCGAACAUCGGUCCCGUUAGCUGAAAGGACACGGGGGGAAAAAUGGAGCUGGAGGACGGAGUCGUGUACCAGGACGACCCGGGGACAUCAGCGAUGAUGUCGGAGCGGGUGUCGGGCCUGGCCAGCUCCAUCUACCGGGAGUUCGAGCGGCUCAUCGGGAAGUACGACGAGGACGUGGUGAAGGAGCUGAUGCCGCUGGUCGUGGCCGUGCUGGAGAACCUGGACUCGGUGUUCGCGGAGAACCAGGAGCACGAAGUGGAGCUGGAGCUGCUGAAGGAGGACAACGAGCAGCUCAUCACCCAGUACGAGAGGGAGAAGGCGCUCAGGAAGCACGCGGAGGAGAAGUUCAUUGAGUUCGAAGACACCCAUGAGCAGGAGAAGAAGGACCUCCAGAACCACGUGGACAGGAUGGAGUCUCAGUCUCGGCAGCUGGAACUCAAGAUCAAGAACUACGCAGACCAGAUUGGCAGGCUAGAAGAACGAGAGCUGGACCUCAAGAAGGAAUACAACUCCCUCCAUCAACGACACACAGAGAUGAUCCAUAACUACAUGGAGCAUGUGGAGAGGAUCAAAAUGCAGCAGAUUAGCGAGACUUCGGAUUCUAGCGCGGUCGGCCGAGUCAGGAGAGAACGGCCUCUCUCGUUGGGGAUUUUCCCGUCAUCUGGAGGGACCUCGCUCUUAAUCCCAGAUUCGCAGGCCAGAGCCGAGACGCCGGGCACAGAGGGCUGGAGGUUCACCGACCCAUCACAGCCUCGGUCCAACGCCAGUCUGAAGCAGUUGGACUUUGCCGACCCCCCAAAGGAAAGGGAGGGUAAGGGUGCGCAGGACUCUACUUGGGGGAAUUCACUCGCAGACGACUGCAAGGAUGAGCUGUCAGACUUCACGCCGAUGUCCACCACCGCCUCGGACGUGGAGAAGGACGACGGGAACAGUAAGAGCAUGGAGGUGCAGGCUGCACCAGGGACCAGAUCCAUAUCAGUGGGUUUGCCUGAAAAUGAGGACAUGGCCGACGUGCAGGACAUCAUUGAGUCCACCCCUGAGCUGGACAUGUCUCUGCUUGAGUACAAACCCUGCAGCACUCCGACCAAAGGCAUCGAGAACUUGGCAUUCGACCGAAAUACAGACUCCCUGUUUGAGGAGCUGUCGUCCGCAGGCACCGGGCUCAUCGGGGACGUGGACGAAGGGGCUGAUCUGCUGGGCAUGGGCCGGGAAGUAGAAAAUCUGAUUCAGGAGAAUUCACAACUGCUUGAGACAAAGAACGCGUUGAACGUGGUGAACAAAGACUUGAUCCUGAGGGUGGACGAGCUGACCUGUGAGAAGGAGAUGCUGCAGGGGGAGCUGGAGGCUGUGGUCCAGGCCAGAACCAAGCUGGAGGACAAGAACAAAGAGCUGGAGGAGGAACUCAAGAAAGUCCGACUGGAGAUGGAGGACGUAAAACAUAAAACUAAAGACGAAGAAGAUGUGAGUUGGCACGUUUUCAUGUUUUCCUGUAGUUACUUGGCAUUUGCAGUGAAGCUUCUUGAAAUAGUUAAGUGUGUGUUUGUGCUGCCACAGAGCGACGUGCCGACGGCUCAGAGGAAGCGCUUCACCCGGGUGGAGAUGGCCCGAGUCCUGAUGGAGAGGAACCAGUACAAAGAGAGACUGAUGGAGCUGCAGGAGGCCGUGAGGUGGACGGAGAUGAUCAGAGCCUCGAGAGAAAAUCCAACGCUCACGGAGAAGAAGAAAUCCAGCAUCUGGCAGUUCUUCAGCAGACUGUUUAGCUCCUCCUCCACCAGCGCGCCCGCCAUCAAGAAGGGGCCGGACUUCCAGCCCAACCUGAAAUACAACGCACCCUCCAGCAUGGUGAAGAGGAGCAGCACCUUCUCCCAGUUCCCCACGGAGAAGUCCAAGACUUUUGACUUCCUCAAUGAAGACGCGGAGCAGUGCAGUUCGCCGUCACGUAAAGAGCAGAAGAGGGCCCAGUACAGGCAGGUGAAGGCCCACAUGCAGAAGGAGGACGGACGGGUCACAGCGCAUGGCUGGAGUCUGCCCAGCAAAUACAAGGUGGCGAAUGGCGGACAGACAGAAAACAAAAUGAACUUACCAGUCCCGGUUUACUUGAGACCUCUGGACCAGAAGGAUGCUUCCAUGAAGCUGUGGUGUGCUGCAGGCGUCAACCUGGCGGGGGGAAGGACCUCAUCAGAUCUUUCUAAGCAGACGAAGGGUUCUCAGAGUAGCCUGGACCAGCUGGAGCAAGACAGUAAGGAUCAAGAGAAAGGCGACAAGGAGAAGGAGCUUAUCCUCCAGGAUGAGAUUUCCAGCAGAGUGUGGGUCUGCACGAGCACCCACUCCUCCACUAAAGUGGUGGUGGUGGACGCCAGCCAGCCCUCCGACCUUCUUGACAGCUUCUACGCCUGCAACACUCACGUUGUCUGCAUUGCCAGUGUGCCAGGUGUGUUGGAAUCGGACUAUCCAGCGGGCGAGGAGGUACGCCAAGACCUGGAGGCUGGCCAAGGCGACGGGGUGUCUUUGGCCGGCAGCGUGGCUAGCGUGGGAUCAACGGGCAGCGAUGGCACCAUGGCAGCAGAGGGCGCUACCGCCGUCCCCCAGACAGCCAGCUCAGGCGGCACUGACCAGCCAGCUGAGUAUAGUGGCGCCUCAGGCUCAGUCGAGAUGUCCAGAGAGAACAGUCCGGCAGAAGACGGCGUUCCCACGGCGGAGGAGGCGACGGAAGCAACCGAGGCUAACGCCGGUGUGGGCGAAGAAGGCGAGGAAGAGGAUCAGGGAGCAGAUCAAAACCAGCCGGGAAUCUACACGGAGCACGUGUUCACCGACCCGCUGGGAGUCGGACCCACCGACUCGUCUCCGGCUGAAUCUCAGAGGGGCUCCGGGCAGGACACUGCGUCUCCACUGCCCGAAGACUUGGACCCAUCAGAGGGUGAAGUCCUAAGGAUGAGCAGCGCUCUGCCGACAAUGUGGCUGGGGGCUCAGAACGGAUGUCUCUAUGUCCACUCGUCAGUGGCUCGAUGGAGGAAGUGUCUCCACGCCAUCAAGCUCAAAGACUCCAUCCUCGGCAUAGUGCAUGUUAAAGGAAGAGUCUUGGUAGCAUUGGCUGAUGGGACCUUAGCUAUUUUCCACAGAGGUGUUGCAGAUGGUCAGUGGGAUCUAACCAACUACCAUCUGUUGGAUCUGGGACGGCCCCACCACUCUAUCCGCUGUAUGACGGUGGUCCACGACAAGGUCUGGUGCGGCUACAGAAACAAGAUCUACGUCAUUCAGCCCAAGGCCAUGAGGAUAGAGAAGUCGUUUGACGCCCAUCCUCGUAAGGAGAGCCAGGUCCGGCAGUUGGCCUGGGUUGGAGACGGUAUCUGGGUGUCCAUCCGACUGGAUUCAACCCUUCGCUUGUUUCACGCCCACACCUAUCAACACCUCCAGGAUGUGGACAUCGAGCCCUACGUCAGCAAGAUGCUAGGUACAGGUAAACUGGGCUUCUCAUUUGUGAGAAUCACAGCUCUCGUCGUAUCCUGCAACCGACUGUGGGUGGGAACAGGAAAUGGCGUCAUCAUCUCCAUCCCGUUGUCUGAAGCUAACAAGACAACAGGAAUAGUGCCAAAUCGGCCCGGCCAUGCGGUUCGGGUCUCCGGUGAUGACGGUUCGGACUGUGCCGUGCCAGGCACCUUUGUGCCGUACUGCUCCAUGGCCCACGCCCAGCUGUGUUUCCAUGGACACCGGGACGCUGUCAAGUUUUUCGUGACCGUGCCAGGGCAUGUGAUGCCCCCUCCAGGUAGUGCAGAUUCAGGCUCUGACGACCCCCCAUCUGAAUCCUCCGACACGACGACCUCCGAGCCCAAAACGUACCUGGUCAUGAGCGGGGGAGAAGGCUACAUUGACUUCAGAAUGGGUGAUGAAGGCGGCGAGUUGGACGGUUUAUCCGAGCCGGCGGCCGGCCAGCAGUCGACGCCCACCAAGGCCGAGCGCAGCCACCUCAUCGUCUGGCAGGUCAUGACCUCUCACGACUGAAACACGUCACGGGCUGGGCGACCGCCGACCCCCCCGCAUGCCCUCCUCCUCCACAAAGUUUUUAAUUUCAUAUUAAUGAUUGUUCUUAAUGCCUGAGUAGUCGACUCCUUUGUAAAGAAAAGAAAACGAACAAAAAAAAAAAAAACGAACAACAACUAAUUAUUUUUAGUCCAUGUUUUGUACAUUUUAUUCUUUAUGAAUUUGAAACCGGUUAAGAUGAAGGUUAUGUUAACUUGAAGAAAACGUCCAGGCUCUGAUGGGCUGCAUGUUGGAGAAGCUGGUGCACACAGGAAAAAGGUUAACGCAUCAUCACGUACGGGCAGUUUGAUCAGGUAAUCGUUGGUUGUUGUUUGUCGGGUUUAGAUAUGAAUGAUGAUUAUUAUUUUCUCGCAGGGUCUUUGCUUUCUUUAAAGUCUCCAUGAAACGACUAGAUGUACAAGUCCCACCCCUCCCCCUCCCAUAAAAAACCCCAAUCCGCUCUGAUUGGUCAUCUCCAACGGCUUGAGAAAAAUCUCCAAGAGGCCGGGGCUAGAGAAUUCAAGGAAAUAUUUGAUUGGAUACAAAAUUGUUACACCCCCCCAGGUGCGGCAUGAGUCAUCAACUUUUUAAAAUAGUUUAAAAAGGCAGGAAGUUCUUCAGUUUAUUCCACAUGCAAGACUAUAUUUCUUUUGCUGUGUUGUUUUUAUUUACAAUAAGUGAUAAGUGUCACAAAUGUCAAAAAUUUGAAAUGUGGCUUCAGAUUUAUGUAUUUUCUGGCUUUUAUUACAGAAAACUACUCACGUUUUCUGCUGCUAAAUGAAAAUGAGCUUUUAUUUGACAGAAAAAGCUGUAGAACUAAAGGUUCUGAGUAAGCUCCGCCCACACAGCUAAGAGAAAAAAAAGUCAGGAGGGCGGAGCUUGAGAAUUCUAGGAAAUAUUUUAUUGGAUACAAAAUUGGUACACGCCCUCAAGUGCAGCAUGAGUUAUCAAAUGUUUUUUUUUUUUUUCCAGGAAAUAAAAGCUUGUUGAGAUUUUGACAGGCAGGCCGUUCUUUAGUUUAUUCCACAUGCAAGACUACAUUUUAUAUAUAUAUUUUUUUGCUGUGUUAUUUUAAUCUGCAAUAAGUAGCUUCAGCUUUAUGUAUUUUCUGGCUUUUAUUACAGAAAAAUAAAGAAUAAGCCUUUACUUGACAAACAUAAAAGCUGUAGGGCAAGCUCCGCCCACACAGCUGAAACCUGACACCGGCCGGGCUACUGGUUAAGAAAAAAAAAUCUCUGAGAGGGCGGGGCUUGAGAAUUCCAGAAAGUGUUUAAUUGGCUACAAACUUAAUCAUGGCCCCAUAGUGCAGCAUGAGUCAUCAGCAUUUUUUGUUUUGUUUUUUAAAAUUCCAAACUCAUGGGGACUUUAAAAGGCGGGCCGCUCUUUUAUAUUUCACAUGCAAGGCUACGUUUGUAAACCAUUCACUAACAAUUUAUUCGUAUGUUAUUUUAAAUCUAUACAAUAAGGGAUAGGUGUCGCAUACCUCCAGGUCGCAAACAUUUAAAAACUUGUCACGUGGGAUACGAGGCUGAUUUCCGUUUUAUCCCACCGUCUUUAUCGCUAAAUAAACGUUAGAUGUAGGACGAAACAUUAUUUGGGAAGUUGUUUUGCCACAGGCCUGUAUCUGGUUAUAUGAAUAAUGCACUUUGAGUACUUUUAAGGUUAGUAGAAGAAGCAGCUAACUGCGCUGUAGGUUAGCGUUAGCCUGCACGAGGAAUCCUCCGUAUCCUCCUCCGUCUGUCGUCCGCUCAGCCGUUUUAAAGCUAAACCUCUCGCCUCCUCGUGUGUGAAGGAAAUCUGCCCCCGACUCGGUGCUUCCUGUUUGCUUCAGCUCGUCGGCACUUUAAAAAAAAAAUACUAGAUGUUUGUAGCUCCAGGUUCGGAAGAAACCCACGUACUGCUGUGUGCUACUCAUUCGAAGGGAACAACAUGUAUUUAGUUUUAUUUUUAUUAUUUAGCAGCGUUUUAAGUCCAGGUGACCAAAGGACGGAAGAAACAUUUGAGGGCGGUGUCUAUUUUUUGAAUAAGGGACUAAAAAUAACAUGUUUGUGUGGCACCUCACACACUAAGAGACUCUGUCCUGAUUAUUGCUUCAUUAUUCCCUAUUGUGUUGUUACAAAUGUGUUUAAAAGCCUCGAAAUUGUUUGUUUUUUGUUCUUAUUUUGGGCAUUUUCAUCAUGUAACAUGACUGUAACAUGACGGCGGAUGUUAAGAAGAUUAUUUGAUUUCUUUUUAUAGAUGUGUAAACCCGGAGCGACCACGUCCGGCUCCUUCAGUCCAUUUUCAAACGUAUUGUUUGUUUUUUGCCAUUCCAGUAUUUAUUUCCUUUGCUACCGAGCCUUUCCCGGUUCAGAAUGUAACUUUCUACACGAGCAAAGAAAAACAAAUCUCUUGUGAACAAAAUAGUGGAGUUUACAUGAUUCAUGUGAAAUAAAAUAGUAAUGACGUCGAGGAACCUUUUGACCAACCGUGAGAUGAAAGAGGAAACAAAAACAAACCACGUACGUGUACUGAGCUAUGCAUGUUUCUUUUUGUUCUGUUGUUUUUUUUAAAGGAGAGCACCGCUACUCUAUGCUAUCGGCUAAAUCUCGGUUCUUAUUGCCACCGUUUUUGGGUGGGGUGGAUGUCCGUGAGUAUGUUUGUGUGUGUGAGUGUGUGUGCGUGUGUGUGUUUGAUUUUUCCAAGUGUGUGGUGUACGUACGUGUGCGUCUGUCCAUCUGUAACAUCCCUGACACCUGUUUAUCAUCAUAGCCUUAUUUUUAACAGUCUAUUAAACUCAGUUUCAUGGAGAAGUC